AGCGAUCGCGCGCGCGCGCCCGGGGCUCCUUCCGCUAACCGCCGCUGUUGUCGUCGCUGCGGCUUCUGCCGCCGCCGCCGCCGCCGCCAUGUUGAUGCUGGGCCGCGGGCUGGACGCCAGGGACAACCAGACUCGUCAAGUACGAGAAUCUGUGUCAAAAGUGGAAAAACAUUUUGGUGAAUUGUGCCAAAUAUUUGCAGCAUAUGUGCGAAAAACUGCCAGACUGCGAGACAAAGCAGAUCUUCUAGUAAAUGAGAUUCAUGCUUAUGCAGCGACAGAAACACCAAGUUUAAGGAAUGGAUUGAAAAACUUUGCAAAUGAGUUUUCCAAACUUCAAGAUUAUCGCCAUGCAGAGGUAGAAAGACUUGAAGCAAAAGUUGUUGAACCUCUGAAAUGUUAUGGGACCAUCAUAAAACUUAAGAGAGAGGAUCUCAAAGCAACUUUAUCAGCAAAGAAUCGAGAAGCGAAACAGCUCUCUCAGCUUGAAAAGACACGUCAACGAAAUCCAUCAGACCGGCACAUUAUUUCACAGGCUGAAAGUGAAUUACAAAGAGCUUCAUUGGAUGCCACGCGGACAAGUCGGUACUUGGAAGAAACCAUUGACAACUUUGAAAAACAAAAAAUAAGAGAUAUUAAGAAUAUCUUUUCAGAAUUUGUAACAAUUGAAAUGCUAUUCCAUGGGAAAGCCUUAGAAAUUUACACUGCUGCCUACCAAACUAUACAAAAUAUUGAUGAGAAUGAAGACCUAGAGAUGUUUCGGAGUUCGCUUUAUCAAACAGAACAUCAGUCUCGUUUGGAUAUUGUCCGUGCAAAUUCAGAGUCUCCCCUCCAGAGGACUGCUUCAUCCAAAUCUUGUCCUGGAAUAGUUCAGCAGAUUUCAAGAAAUCCAUUGAAAAAGGAGGAGGAAGAUGAAGAGUAUGACAAUGAGGAUGACUAUGAAGAUUAGCAUCAAAACCACCAAGGAAGAGAGCACCUUUGAGACUAGAAAGCAUUUCCCUGCAAAGUGAUAUUUUUCAUUGUUGAUGCUCGGUGAUGGACACAAUUAAGACUAUUCAUUUAAACUACAGUAAAGAAAGAACUGAUCA